AUGGAAGACCUCAGGACAAGCGAAGUAUGCCUGUAUGGGGCGCCCCUCUCCACCUUCACACGCGCCAUCGCCAUGGCACUGCACUCCCAGCGAGUGCCCUUCCAUCAGGUGGGCUGCCUGCCGCACUCCGAGGAAGCCUGCAAGCACCACCCGCUCGGCUUCAUCCCCGUGCUUGCACACCAACGCUGCCCGGGCGAGGAGCCCUUCGAGGUCUACGAGAGCGCUGCCAUUGCGCGCUACCUCGACACCGUCAUCUUCCCCGCGGCCCGAGCGCCGAGCGCGCCAUCCCUGCGCUCGGCCGACCAAGAUCCGCGCACCAACGCCCGCAUCGACACCAUCGCGAGCCUCGCCGCCGACCACCUCUUCCGUCGCCUCGAAUUCGGCGUCGUAAAGCCGCGCCUGGCCCUCGAGCAGCAAUCGGCCAGCACUGGCGGCGACCACGAAGCACUCGAGGCCGAGGUCCGGGCCAAGGUGCAGCCGGGCCUGGAGGCCCUGGAGCCGGUGCUGGCCCUGCUCGAGUCCCUGCUUGGCGGCGGCGGUGGUGAGGGCUAUUUUGUGGGGGACGAUGUGACGUGGGCCGAUCUGUUCGUGUACCCGCCGCUGGCCGAUCUGCGGGCCACGCCCGAGGGCGACGCGGUGCUGCCGCGCUACCCGCGGCUGGCGGCCUGGGCGGCCCGCAUGGAGCAGCGCGAGGAGGCCCGACGCACCUACGACGGCACCGUCGCCAGCCAGCGCCAGCCCAAGCAAAGCCCCGCCAAGUACUAG